CUCUCACCGAAAGUGCACCUAGGUACCAACGUGCAGUUAUGUACUUCUUAUCCGACCGCUGCGCACAUGGAUCGCUGGGGGUCCACGUGAGCCAGAAUACUGCACUCCAUAAUCUCGCCUCGAUCGGACGAGCCCGCCAUAACCUCUUACACAUACAUAUGUAUAACCUCAAUGUCACCGGCAAUCCCUGGGGUGAGAUGGCGGAGUUCGGUACCGAGACAACCACUUCCCGGCCCGGGAUAGGGGCGGUUGUUGGAGUAGGCACCUAGGUGCCUAGGUAUGUAGGCGGAAGAAGAAGUCUGGGGGUGUUGGGAUAGUGUCACGGUGUUGAUCCGGUUUCACAUCUUCGGUAGAUCUAUACGACCGCAGAAUACCAUGCGUAUAUAACGAGCUGCCGCUGGCCCGCGCCCAGGAGAACAGUUAGAUACGAAAUCCCAUCCACCGCCCGAUCAACACCAAGACGAAGCAGGACGGAUGCAUGCACGAUGGCGAUAUCCCCCUCACCAACGAUAGCGAAGGAGUUUGUCGCGCCCACCGGGCUAGCAGCAAUAUUAGGGGUCGCCGCCGGCCAAGCAGCCGGACUUCGCGGCGUGCCCGAUGGCUUCUCUUCGCCAAUCUUCGAACCGGGUUAUGUUGUGGAAACGCGAGGCUGCACUUUGGUCAUCGUGUCCUACGUUUCAAUGGCACUCACACUGGUUGUCGCUAUGGCACGGAUCGUGACGAGAUAUCUCUAUGCCAAGAGGCUGCGCUCGGAUGAUUGGAUGAUUAUUCUUGCUACGUCGUUUUGCGUAGCAUUGACGGCGGAAAAUGUCCAUGGUGGGGUCAACGGAGGACUAGGGAAACAUGGCUGGGAUCUGAAGUAUUCCGAGAUAGCGGUGGGAGUCAAGAUGCUGGUACCGCACCUUCUCUUCUACGCCUUCACUCUCAUCUUCGUCAAAUUCUCAAUCAUCCUCUUCGUGCGCGACCUUGCCAACCAAGCCGACUCCCGCACACUUCAGCACGUCAUCACCUUCUACUUGAUCUUCCACAUCUUCUGGGUGCUCGCCUUCGCCUUCGCCUGCAUCUUCCAGUGUCUCCCCGUGCAGGCGAGCUUCUCCCUCAGCCUCCGAUUCCACCCUGAUACCCGGUGCCGCGACAACACCGUCUUCUUCUGGGUCUCAUCUUCGGUGCACAUGGUCUCGGAUAUCGCCAUCCUGGCAUUGCCAAUAUGGAUGGUCGUCGGCCUGCAAAUGACGUGGCAGAAAAAGGCGGCGGUGGUUUUCAUGUUUAGUCUCGGUGGACUCGCCUGCCUCUGCUCUAUCAUCCGCAUGGCAUACUUGGGAGAUUAUACUUCGUCCUUCGACAUAUCCUGGGAUGGAUACCUCCCUUGCAUCUGGGGCCAGCUCGAGGCAACGAUCAGCAUCAUCACGGCGUCGCUACCAGCGCUUAAAAUCCUGUUCGCACGGGUGAUACCCGGGCUCCUAGGCGCGCAAGGCAGCAACGGCAGAGGAAACGUGAACGUGCUGCAAUUACGCCCGAGGCGGAGAGCCAGGAUCAGUGAUAUAUUCCGGCGCAGCGAGGAUGGCAAUGAAACGGUGCAGAGGAAACUCUCGAAGCCGAGGAUGGCCAUGCCGGUAAUCAACGAAAGCGCAUCGGCUUCCAUCACUACUAUGGAUACGGCCGAAUCGUCGGCUCCAAUUGGUAUUGUGAGAAAGUGGUCGUCGUUCUCGAGCCGGAGGGAACUCAUCACGGCUCCGGCUCCAACUCUGUCCCCGGAUCUGGAACGACAGUGAUCCCGCCUUCUUCUUGUUUCUGUAUUAUUUCUAGGUAUCUACCGGGGGCUCGUCCGGCCCAGGGGAACGGAUACGUGUAUAUAUUGCUAUGUUCUGGUCAUUUGGUUGGAUUUCUCCAUGGCGUUUUCUUUCUUCUUUCGGACAGCCUGUGGGAGUUUUUGCGUACCGUAUGGCUGCUUUGACAGGUGGGC